CAAAUAUUCACCACUUAGGUAUCUGUCAGCUGUGUCUAGUUAACCUGAAGUAACAUAAAUCACAACAAAUAAUUUCUUGCGAUUGUAUAUUUUAUUAAAUAAACUUAACUUUUGAUCAACCAACAUGUCCCAAAGACCUGACGACCAUCGCCGAAAAUGGGACCGCGCAGAAUACGAAAAACUAGCCGAAGACCGCAAACGCGACGAGCGCGAAUCCAAAGAAGAAGAAGAAAGUGGCAAAAAAGGCCCUCCAGUAAAACGUGAACUCUUAAAACAACGCGAAUAUAAAAUCGACUUGGAUUCCAAACUCGGCAAGAGUAUAGUCAUUAACAAAAGCACCCCAACAUCCCAAUCAGGCGGAUAUUACUGCAAUGUGUGUGAUUGUGUUGUCAAAGAUUCAAUAAACUUCCUGGAUCACAUCAAUGGCAAGAAACAUCAGCGUAAUUUAGGCAUGUCAAUGCGCAUCGAGCGCAGUUCAUUGGAUUCAGUCAAACAACGAUUUGAUUUCAAUAAGAAAAAAAUGGAAGAAAAGAAGAAAGAAUAUGACAUGGCAGCAAGAAUGCAAGAACUCGCAGAGGAAGAAGAGAAACUAAAAGAAUACAGAAGAGAAAAAAGAAAAGAAAGCAAAAGAAAAAUUGAUGAAGUUGAUGAUUCUGGUGAAGUAAAUGAUGAAAUGGCCGCAAUUAUGGGUUUCAGUGGCUUUGGAACCUCAAAAAAGAAAUAAACAAAUAAUUAAAUAUCAUUAAAAUUAAUAAAUAAUCAUAUUUUAUAGGUAUAAUAAUUGUAAAAAGGAAUUGCAUUUGUUAGUGAUUGUAUAGAUGACUAGUACAAUGACCAAUAUCUGAAACAAUAAACAUCAAGAAAAAGUUA